AUGGUUGCUCCUCUGAUAGUUACAGUAUCUAACACAUGGCUUGGUAAUGAUGGCAGCUGGUCCACAUUCAAUAUCGAUGUUGGCACUCCGCCGCAAUCUUUCCGGGUCCUGCCGUCUUUCCAAGUCCAGAAUGUAUGGCUUCCUAUUGCGGAUGAAUGCAUUAAAAUAUCAGCGGACGCAGAGAAGUGUGGCGUCUCUCGCGGUGCACAGCCAUUCGCACAACGAACCAGCGCUGGAUUCCACACGAACGUUUCGUCGACGUGGGAAGCCAUUGGGCUGUACGAGCUCGGCUUGGAAAGAGAUCGAGGAAUUUCCGGUAAUGGCAUGAGCGGGUUCGACACGUUCAGAGUAUCGAACACCACGCUGGAUCGCUUCCCAGUCACGGCUUAUGCAUCGCCAGGGUUUUGGCUCGGCCAACUUGGUCUAUCAACUGUGCCUUUGAACUUUUCGGAGACGAUCAACUCCGCCUCAUUGCUUGUGAAUCUGAAGGACAAAGGGGUCAUUCCCAGCCUCACCUAUGGCUACCAGGCAGGAGCAUCAUAUCGAGAAACUAGAGUGCCGGGCAGCCUUGUCCUCGGAGGUUAUGACAAAUCGCGCGCGACGACGCCGUUAACCAUCAACAUCAACGCAGAUCUGUCUCAGGCUCUGACGGUCGGCCUCCAGGAUAUCUUAGUCACAAACUCUUUCAACGGGACUCUUUCGAUGAUAACUACUGAGCCAAUUCUGGCACCACUUGACUCGUCGAUUACAGAGCUGUGGCUGCCGCGAUCCGUUUGCGACCGCUUCGAAGAUGCAUUUGGCCUGGAGUACGAUACGAAUUCCGGGCGAUACGCUCUUUCGGAUGCGACGAGAAAUCAACUUCGUCAGCAGAAACCUACGCUAACUUUCACGAUCGGAACCAACACCUUGACAGGUGGAAACACCACCAUCAUUCAGUUUCCAUACGCAGCCUUCGACCUGCAAGCGUCGUUUCCGAUAUUUGCAAAUACAACCAACUAUUUUCCCAUUCGAAGGGCUGAUAACGAAAGUCAAUACGCAAUAGGCAGAGUGUUUAUGCAAGAAGCGUACAUCGGCGUAGAUUAUGAACAAGGGAUAUUUAACGUUAGCGCAGCUCGUUGGAAUGAAACUGAUCCCAAUAUAGUGCCUCUGCCCGCUGGAGAUGUUCAGCCUUCAGAGGUUCCCAGAGCGGGGGCAGAUGGGAAGAGCCACUUAGCUGGUGGCGCAAUCACAGGCAUCGUUGUUGGUAGCAUAGUUGCGGUUGCGAUAUUGGUUGGUCUCAGUUGGUUCGUGUACAAGCACAAACAGCGCAGGUCCUACGGCGCCUACGGCGGAGCGCUUGUCGCUACAAGCGAAGAGAAGACUUAUCCCAGAGAGCUGCAAGAUACGGAUACAGAGGAGGUAGCCGGUGGCGAAGUGUUUGAGCUGCCUGCAAAGCAUGGACAUAGCCAAUUGCAUGAGGUGGAGAGGAUCGCAGAGCUGGACAGGCAUGAAAUCAUUCAAGAGCUUGCGUCCAAUCGUGAUGGAUAGAUUCUAGGGUAACUGCAGGGUAGGGAAGUCUGUGGGUUCUGCGAUACACCGUGCUCAACCGUUACUGAUGACACUAACGGCUCCGGCCACGCUAUGGUUUCCAUUCUGCGCUUGUGCUAUUUCGGACUAGCUCCGUGCCCACGCUGUACAUGAGUGGUCUGGCCACAGUCUCUGCCCUGAGUUGAACUUUCUCUUGUGAAUAGCGAAUCGACUCUGCAGUUACAUCGGCUCCUAGUGAUGUCCUCAUACUGGGCGUAUCUGAAGUCUUUGUAUCGCUCCGAUACUUUGGUCGAAAACAUCAAGCCAAUCGAGGCUGAAAGCAUUAUCGGUAGAGCUGCACAAUGACAAGCGAAUGAAGAGCCGAACCAGGCUGCACAUCGUCUUCGAGCACGUUCAUGAUACGACUCGUGUAGCAGCCUGGAUUCCGCAUCGCCUCAAUGUGUGUGAAGAGGUUACGCUUCAGCCUCAAACACAAGG